CAUGCAUGUACCUUGCUUGUUGCCUGAUGAAGAACCAUGAAUAUGAAUGAACAUGAUAUGAAGUAUGAAUAAAAAUGCCAGUGUGUCUUCACCCUCUGAAGAAUUCAGUUAAUUCAUCAUGUCACUGAGAUAAAGUGUCUCUAUCCCUAUCUCUGUUUCAAUCAGUUUACAUUCAAUAUACUCACAUCAAAAAUGUCUGAAAUGGCCCCCCCGCUCUGAGGUCUAUUAUGACACGCUCUACAUAGCGGCAAGGGACAGCACCUGCUACCCAGCCUAUUCACACCUUCUACCAUGGAUAAACCAAGUUCAAGUGAAAGGGAAAGGCUGCGAGCUCCUAUGUCUAGCUGCCGGUAUACAAGGAAAGGGAAACACCUCAAAGCCAACUGAAUAAGUUGACGCGUCAACUGUGUUGCUGUUACCCUUCACUACCAUUUCAUCAGCAAUCAUGAUCAGCAUAUAAAGAAGGAGAGAGAGUGUGUGUGGGGUUUCAACAUCACUCACAGGAAAGGGGAAAGUCCUAUUGAAAACCAAUGUCUAUUUUGUACAGUGUUCUUCUCGAUCGUCAACCUUGUCUUCAUAUAUUUCUACUUCUUCUGCCCUUUCAUUUUCACCCUCUCUUGUUUUAUGGACCUGAUUCUCCAUAGAUUUGGCUCGUUGCGUCAAAAUACAACCCAACGCCUCUCCCGCGUGUGCGUCACAUUCUUUUUUUCACAUUUUCUUUCUUUUUCCUCCUUUUUCCUCCUUUUUUCUUUUUUUUUUUUCCUUUUUUCUUUUCCUCAGUACCUGCUGUAAAGCUCAAUUGCAGCAGGGAGAGUCAUGGGACCCUAUCACCAGGAAUUCCAAAAUGACAAGGAUGGCGAUAAACAGGAAUCUGCACGGUCUGAGCAUGACAAAAUGACCCAGCUACCGCUACCACUCCAUUUGCCACGCGUAGAGGAGCAGGAGGACGGCCUCCACGCUGGCAGCCGCCGCAGAUGUUUAUAUAUGAAACAUCGCGCACACUGCCACUCAAUGCUUUGCUUCUACCUUGGCGUGUUGCUGUUCAGUGCUGUUGGUGCAGUUUACUACGAACCCGCCGAACCUGCUCCUGAAUCCCAUCAGAUUUACCUCGACCCGACUACCGUUUGGAAAACAUCCAUGAUAACUGUUUCUGUUCCUGCCGCUCCUACUGCUACUCCUGGUUCUGGUGGUGCCGAUUCUUCUGUCUUCGAGACUAGCAUUUUGCCAUCCUCGGGGAGUAUAAAUCCCUCCUUCUACAAAAGCACUUGCCCCCCUCCACCGGAUCCUAGCCCAUCUAGCCCCAGCCCGCCCAGCCCAGAACCACCCGGUCCCAGCCCACCAGGUAACAUGUCGAAUCCGGAUGGGUUUAGGUCUAUUGUGUACUUUGUCAAUUGGGCAAUCUAUGGGCGUAAUUACAACCCCCAAGAUUUGCCAGCAGCAAAGCUGACGCAUGUUAUCUAUGCAUUUGCCAAUGUUCACCCCGAAACCGGAGAAGUCUAUCUGUCCGAUCCCUGGUCUGAUACCGACAAGCAUUACCCAGAUGAUUCCUGGGACGAAGUGGGAAACAACGUCUAUGGUUGUGUCAAGCAACUUUUCUUGCUCAAAAAGAAGCAUCGACAUAUGAAGGUCCUACUUUCCAUUGGUGGAUGGACCUAUUCUUCUAAUUUGCCCAAACCCGCGAGUACGCCAGGUGGCAGGACCAAAUUUGCUGACACUGCCACAAAGUUGAUGCUUGAUAUGGGUUUUGAUGGGCUUGACGUUGACUGGGAAUAUCCUAAAAAUGACGACGAAGCGAAGAACUUUGUCGAGCUUCUUAAGGUUACGAGAGAGAAGCUUGAUGCAGUAGCCAAGGAUCGCAGGUUCUUUCUAACCGUCGCUUCCCCAGCGGGUCCGCAAAAUUUUGAGAAGCUCCGCCUCCAAGAAAUGACCACCCUUGUGGACUUCUACAAUUUAAUGGCAUAUGACUACUCUGGAAGCUGGGACGAGAUAGCUGGUCAUCAAUCAAACAUUGACGGUUCCAAGUCCAAUCCUAAAUCCACCCCUUUCUCCACCGAGGCAGCCUUAGAGUAUUACACUGGUGUUGGUGGAGUACCACCCUCUAAAAUAGUUUUGGGCAUGCCAUUAUAUGGGCGCGCAUUCGCCAACACCGAUGGCCCUGGAACUCCCUUCCAUGGAAAUGGGGGUGGCGGCAGCUUUGAGCCGGGGAUUUGGGACUACAAAGUGCUCCCAAAGUCGGGAGCAGUGGAAUAUUUGGACUCCCUUGAGAAAGACGGCUGCGGUGCAUCAUGGAGCUAUGAUUUAUCUACUCGCACGAUGAUUUCGUACGAUACCGUGGCGAUGGUGGAGGAGAAGACGAGAUAUAUCAUUAACAAGGGGCUCGGUGGUGGCAUGUGGUGGGAGGCGAGCGGUGAUCGGGAUCCCAGGAGCGCGGAGAAGGACAAAGGAAGUCUUAUAGGCACUUUUGUCGAAGGGGUUAGCGGGAAUUUGGAUACACAGGAAAAUGCUCUAUCAUAUCCGGAGAGUCAGUAUGACAACCUAAGGGCCCAGUUCCCCCAUGAUUAGACGGAGGCGUGUUAUAUGACCAUUGAGAGAUAUCCUUCACUCUAUCUAGAGGAACAUGUUACGAAUGGCUUUGUAUUUUCCCCUAAUGUUAGGCAUUUAUUAACUUUCCUUUCAGGUUCUGCGAGCAUUUUGUGAAGAUUUCUUGAGGGGUUGUGAUGACCAAGGAUGAUGAGAUAUUGUGUUGGAGCAUGUUCCUUACGUUUUAUUCAUGAGACCUCAUGCCUAUUUUUUUGUGUAUAGCGAUAAAUCGGGGAGAAAACAAGACCCGGAGUGUAUGAUAGCAAUGAUAUAUAUACGUUUGCGAUUACUUACACUUUGUUCGAUGGAUAGGUGCAGCUGAAACAAGCAGAAACAUAGAAGUAGUUAAAAG